UACUAUACCAAUAUUUACGUCACAAGUCAUGACAUACGAGUCUGUAGUGGAGCUUGGUGGGGACACGUUGGUAACCCUAAGAAGCAAAUGUCAAAUUUAAUUUACAGUGGAAAGUAAAAGGCAAUGGGUGUGUUGCUUUGUGUUUGUUUCUAAUUUUAGAUAAUUACGAUUUAGUGAAAUAAAAAAUAAAAUUACUUGUGCUUCAGUAUUCAUUAUCCGUUUUGUAACUAAAAUAUCACGUAAAUAUAACUGUGUCUAGAAGAAUAUAUGAAGAUUGUUGUUUGUCGUUAUCAACAAUAAAAAAAAAAGGGAAAUAAACAAUCGAACUUAUCAAUGUUAUGUUUUUGUCAUGUGUUAAAUGUGCAAGGACAAUAAUUAGGACUUUUUAAUUAACUAAUUAAUUAAUUUACUAUAAUGGCUGUUUAUACAUACAAUGACCAUAAAAAUGGAUGCGUUAACUGAACAUAUUUGUGUUGUUCGAUAUUUGAAUUCGCAAUGUCGUCUCCGUGCAAAAAAGGCGGGAUGCGUCUUAGCGAGGCAUUGGAUAACAUGCAACUUGCAUACAACCCCAUAACAAAACAAUUACACUUUGUAAGUCCAAAAAUUGUGAAAUCUUCAGAAAAUACAGCAGACGACGUUGAUAAAUUAUCAAAGAAGAGCAGUUUCAGUGAUGAAGGCAAUUUUUCUAUAUCCACUUGUGAGAAAAGUGAUACUAGUGAUUCGCCCAAAAGCACCCUUCAGUGGGGUAGUGUCAAUGGUCACCAGCGCGAAAAAGAUGGUGGUUCAUUCUCAAGCACUGUAUCAAGCUUGUCGGAGUGUUCUUUGGGGUCAGGAGCAUCUAAAGAAGAUGAGGUACCUGAUGUUGCUUCUGCAGAACAGGACCACACAAAAUUAAAGAAGAAAGGAUUGUCAGGAUUUUUUAGCAGAGGAGUAUUCCCGUGGAAGAGUAGCAGCUCAUCGAAGAACCAUGAGUCUUCAACGCCAACGGUUUCCUGGCGGUUGUUCGGCAGCAAAUCCAGCGGGAACAUAUCCACUAAGAACUUAACCUCGGAGAACCCAAACUCCCUGACUCCGGUGUCUUCUGCCACCAACACUCCUCAUCACCACAAAAGGCAGGGCAGCUCCGCCAGCGACAAGCAGUUUGAUGAUCUGGUGGCCAGUUCUAUUGCACUAAUACAGCAUGACAGACCAUCAAACCUUCCAGCGAAAUGCACGGAGGAAGCGCUGCGUCACAAGGCAGAGCACGCCCGCAUGGUCGAGGCGGCACGGCGGAGGGUAGAGAGGGAAGUGGCAGCGAGGCACGCCAAGCUGCAGGAGUCGCUGCGGCAGGAGGAGCGGCUCGCGAGGCACGCGCGGGAGUGGACGCAGACGAUACUGCCCGACUGGCAGAAUAUGAAAAACGCAAAACGGACUCUAGAGCUAUGGUGGUGCGGGCUACCACCAGCUGUUAGAGGUAAGGUGUGGCAACUAGCCAUAGGGAACAAGUUGAAGAUAACGCACGAAAUGUACCAGGACUACGUGGCGAAAGCCAAGCAGAAGUUACAAGAAGCACAGCUCAGAAGGAAGCGGUUAAAAGUUAAUCAGGGAUGCGGUUGCGUCCCUAGGAAAGACAAAGCAAAAUUCGAUGACGUGCUGCCGACAGACACUAAAAAAGAUAAGAAAGAUGACGAGAAACGUUUAGGUAUACCUAGGAAUUUCAGCGAGCAGAAUUUGAAGUCGCACACAGAAGACAGUGAGCCUAAGAAGUGUUGUUCGAAGUCGAAUCCUGAUCUGCUGGACUAUGGUGAUGAGUGUUCGAUGGAGCUGAUACAGUUGGACAUAGCGCGGACGUUCCCCCACUUGUGUAUAUUCCAGCGAGGAGGGCCAUACUUUGACGUGUUGCACGAAUUGUUGGCGGCUUAUGUUUGUUACAGACCUGAUAUUGGAUAUGUGCAAGGCAUGUCGUUCAUCGCGGCGGUGCUGAUCCUGAACAUGGAGGCGGCGCCGGCGUUUGUGUGUUUCGCCAACCUGCUGGACGGCUGCGUGCUGCGCGCCGCCUUCACGCGCGACGGCGCCACCAUGCAGCGUUUAUGGAAAGCGUACGGUCGCCUAGUGGAGACGAACAUCCCGGCGCUGGCGGAUGGUGCGUUACUCCCCGAGUUGUACUUGUUGGAGUGGCUGUACACGGCGUUUGCGAAGGCGAUGCCGCUGGACGCCGCCUGUCGCCUCUGGGACGUGUUCCUGAGGGAUGGCGACACGUUCCUGUUCAAUGCCGCGCUUGGUAUCCUCCACUUAUACCAAGACGAGCUGAAAGACAUGGACUUCAUAUCAGCCGCCCAGUUCUUGACGAAGCUCCCCGAAGACCUUGACGCCGAAGCUCUCUUCAAGAGCAUCUCGUCAGUCUCCAUGUGCUGUGACGGUAUGUCGUUUGAGGAGCUGGUCUCCUGCUGCGAGGUCGACAGCAGUCUGGACGAUGAUGUGGCGGUCAGGUUAUGAUAUCCGAGGAGUUGGAGCCACAGCUUCUGGGACCUUGUUGAUGCCCUGUCCUUCAGGGUUGGGUUAUAGUGAUCCUAGUUAGACUUGACCCCUAAGACUUUGGGAACCGGGGCUAAGGUCUUGCGGUCCCGUGUCGAGGAAUUUUAAUUAAUAAAAAAUUUGGACGUCAUAGUUUGACGUCCAAGAUCAUUUAGUGGUGACUCUUACCCUGGUUUCUGUUAGAAUACGAUGUUGCUUCCCAGUAAAGAUCGAAGGCCAAGAUGUACUAUUUCUAGAAUUUGGAAGUUCUAACGGUAAUUAUAGUGACCUGAAUAACUUUGAAUAUUCAUGAAUUAGCUGGAUGAUAACAUUGUAAUCUGACAAUACCUGAGGUAUAUUUUCGAAAUUAAUUCGUUGUUGACGUUUUAGCUAUAUGAAUUUAUUCGUAGUUAGGAAUGUUGAAAGUAUCGUAGAUUAUGACGUCAUUGUAUAUCAUUCGUAGUUGCGUUUGAAUCCUUUUCGGAAUUUUUUUGCUCGUCGUAUUUGCGAAUUAAACAAUGAUGUCAUAGUUCAUUUUGACAACUAAAGAUCAUUAGAUAAAAUUAGAAAAAAAAAGAUAAUUACUUGAACCAUAACAUGUUGUCCUUUGGGUGGAAUAUAGUGACUUGGUUGGGUUUAGAUGUCGUUUUGUGUCAUGCGAUUUUUAUCCUUAUUGUCUAGAUUACGUAUUCUGAAGAGGAUGAAUUUGUUAAAAACAAUUACUAGAAGACAAUACAUUUUCGAAUGACACGAAAACUAAAUUAAAUUGUACGGUAUAGGUAUGUAUUAAAAUUAAGGGUUCAGUCACACAGCCGUGCAGGGUCGGAACAGUGGCGGCUCCGUGUACGAUCACGGAUACAAAAAUUUAAAUCAUGAUUUCUUAUGUUUACACGAAUGUUAGAUAUUAAAAUAAAUUUGAGUUAUAUCGCGGUAAUUUUAUUCCGACGAAACAUUUAUUCCAUUUAAUAUUUUUUAUAAAGCGAUUAUAUAUAAUGAAACCCUUAGUUAGGUUCUUAGCUAUCAAUCCACACAUUUAUAUCUAUAUUCACAACACUUAAAAUCGUAUCAUAUUUCUAAAUAAUGGUUAUGCCGUUGUUAUUUUCUAUGUAUGUCUAGAGUACUCGCGAUAUACGUCACAUAACUCAUACACCCCGUCACGGUACCGCCGCGGCCCCUGCUCGUCGAUGUGUGAACGAACCUUCGUUUGUAUUUUGAGGCGGAAAAUUGACUUAGUAUGGGGAAUAGAGAAUAUUUUCCAGCCCUAGAUUCUAUAUAGAUAUUCUGGAAUAAAUUUUUCUGGAGAAGUGUGCCACAUAGUUUAGGACAGAAUGUGUGUGUGUGUGUGCGUGAGUUAAAAAGGUUUUUUUAUGGAUGUUGUUUGGUGUAUUUAGAUGUUUGUUAGAAAUAAUAUUUGUCAGUGAGUAUACAUUGGAUAUAUUAUUUGAUUAACUGCAUAACUUUUCCGCUGUUCUGCGAUCGUUGUACAGUCAGGGGCAAAAGUGUUUGCAGAUUAUAAUAAUGUAGAAAAAAGUGUGGUUGACUGUGUGUAUGAGAGAAAAUACAGCAGAGAAAGUGUUUAUAAGUGCAAUACAAAGAAUUAUAGACCUUAUCUUUAUUUCCUUUUUGUAUUGUAUUUGAUAAUAUGUAGUAUAAAAUUGUAUUUAUAUUUAUAAACCGUAGAAGCUUCACACAAAAGCCAUUUUUGCAUACAUACAUGCAAAAAUUAUACAUUAUAUUACAAAUUAUAUGGUGUCUAAUACGCUUGAGUGCAAUGUAAAUGAUAUAUAAUUAUAUGUAUAUACGUUUAUAAUUAAAUAUAUGUUGUGAUCGUGAACUUAACAUGUUAUGAUAUGAAUAUAGAUACAAUGAACUUGGAAAAACAAAAUGCAAAGUAAAUUCCUUUUUGUCAGAUUUAACGUUAAUUAUUGGAUUUUAUUUUGAAAAGCUAUAAUUUUUUAUAUAUUAUAUUACCAAUAAAGUAGGCCGACAUAAUUGUGUCGACCGUCUGGGGAUGAUUAUCUCUUGCCGGUCGACAUGUUUUUGGAAAUCUUUUGCCAUUAGGAGCAGUGAGGUCACAUGGCCGGGCCGCUCAUAAAAAAAAUAGUUUUCAAUAAAUCUGCAGCCAUACAGGCAGUUGAGUAUUUCUCAAAAAAAAAAAGUACGAAAUUAUUUUUAUGAUUUUUUCUGUUUUUUUGUGUAAAUAAAAUCAGAUGAGACAGAAAAUUUCGUAACAACAUUUCGUAAAAACUUUUUCCUUACGUCAUUUAGUUUGAGAAAUACUGAAAGCGUUAUUAAUUUGCAAAUAUAUUUACACCGACAGUUAUACGAGUAUUAAUAUUCAUAUCAGAACUAUCAUAAUUCGUAUUAUAUAUUACAGAUAUACCUUAAAUAGAGCGUACAGUUGGUUGAAAUAUGUUGUGACAAACAACAUGUGGGAUUGGUUGCAGAUAAAUUAGUGAAACAAGCCGUUUAUUUGAGUCUUACAAAUCUUAUUCAGUGGGUAUUUUAACCCCCCCAAACCAGUGGCGAAAUGUGAAGUUUUCCAAAAGGGAACCCGAUAUAACAUAAGUACUAAUAUAUAUAAAUGCGGUUUGCAAAUCGUUCUAAUGAUGAUUAGAUUCCACAUGAAUUCAACAUAAAGGGAAGAUGGCAGGAAUCGGGUUAUAUGGACCCUUUGCCACUACCACUCUCCCUCACGUCGUCUCGAACAUAUCAACCGCAGGGUGACGAGUGCAGUGGAAUCACAUGCAAUACAUUAUAAUUUGGUUCUUUAUGGUGUUGCUAUUGGUUGUAGGCGGUCGUAUCGAGUACUACCAGGCGAGCUUCAUGCUCGUCUCGUUAUUCAAUGAAAGUAAACAAGACAUUGUAUAUUUCUGUUUCAAUGUCACUCUAAGCGACUUCUGAGGUCGUUGCCAAGCCGCUAUAUUACAAUCGAUAACGUUAAUAGGAAUAAAAAAAAUAAAUGGAAAUGUCAUAUUCGAGUCGAUAUCGAUCGGAUAUAUUUUUUUUGUUUUCUAUAAGCGUUAAUGAUUGUAGAAAGGCGUCUUGGCGCUCAACUCCUGGCAAGUUUAAUUAUCUAAUUCAUUUGAUAUUGCGAUGUGGGAAACCCCUCACUGUGAGAUGACUACCAUUCUGACAUGCUGUUGUUAUGCUCAAAAUAUAAACAAGCGGCUUGUUUUGCUAAUAAUGCUGUACACGUUCUGUUGACAUAUCAUUAAUUAUACUGAAUAUGAAUUUUAACGUCGCUUGGAGCGGACUCAAUGUGGACUCCGGCCUAAGGAUCCGAGCGAGAGACAAUCCUGAGCGCAAAUACAUGUCCGUAGCACCGCCGUAGAGCCUUCGACGACUUCACGGGCACCCCCCCCCCUCCCCCCUAGAUAAGCGACUCCCUUCACACGUGUCGCCCCUCUUCCUAUGAGGUCCUUUCAGAAAGUUGUAGGUAGAGUUCUUUUUUAUUAUAUGGAAUUUUAGUAACAGGUAUGAUUAACAAUCAAUCUCAUGCCAGACGCCAUGGUCAUUAUAGUUUAAUAUUUAGUGAUGGUACAGAAUAUAAAAUCAUUCAUUCAAUAUUUGUAUUUUGUAUUGUCACUCCAUAGAUUUUCGAAUGUUGUAUAAACCGCUAGAGUAGUACUUUCUUCAAUGUUAAAUCUAGUUAAAUAUAAAAUAAUCCAGUGUAAAAUAAUUGUAUAUAUUUAAUUAUCAUUAAUAUUGUCAAUUAUAAUGGUAAUUUUUAUAUUACACUGGCGGACAAAAUAAUCGGAAUUUUAUCGAUAAUAUUACUGGAUAGGUUCAUGUUUGCAUAUUUUUAUUUUAAAUAUUCAAUAUCAUAGAAUCACUCCUCUCCUGCACAAUAUUACUCAAAUUGGAUUUUUUUUGUUCUUAAUAUAUUCUUCCAUUAUAAUAUAUAUUUUAAACUUAUUUCUUAGUCUGUCUUCUGUUCAAAAAAGCAAAAAAGACGAUUUUAAUAUCUGAUUUCAAUAUUUAGUUCUUCUAACAAUUAUUUUACGUUGAGUUAUUCAAUUCAAUAUUAAUGACUAUUUGGAUGGUACUCAUACAUUUAGAUUUUCUUUUUUAAUGGUCUAUCAUGCUUUAUUGGUAGCUUGAACACCCAUACACAAGAAAUUACAUAGUAAAAUAUUCUUUUUUUACUAUUUUCGAAAAUAGGGAACGAUAUUUUUGUCCGCCAAUGUAAAGUUAUUUAAUGUAAGGGAAAACAUUCAACGAGUAGUGUCACCGGCCUAAUAGUUAAUGAAUCUUCGAAACUGUUUCGAAAUCUAGUUGUAUUUAUCUUAUACUAUAUCUGUAGGUAUGUCUGUGUCUAUAUUAUGACGUCAUGUUCUUAACCAUUAGCUAGCUUGUACACGCGGUUUCGCGCGAAUACUAUUAUGUAGUUAUUGUUAUCUAUAUCUAUCUCUUGUAAUAUGUAUGUUAUAACUCAUUUUAGGUAAUAAAAUAAACACAUUUCCUCAAAAUUAUCAUAAACUAUUCCGCCAACUGUAGAUAAAAAAUAAUAUGAAAUAUUCUUAAACAUUUCUUUUGGAUUAUAAGAUUAAAAAAUAAAAACCGGUCUUCAAAUUGUGACAUUUGUAAAUCCUAAUGUAUCAUUUACACUCGCGCUCUCGCCGACACACCGCAUCAGACACUACACACCGCUCGCGACUCGCCUCGGCACCUAGUGUUUAAGCACGUUAUACUCCAAAGUGAUAAAUUAUUUAUCGAUCCAUAUUUAUUUGGCCUAAGGAUUCUGAAUCCUACCUCAACAUAAUCGAUAUUGCAAAAUAAUAAAUACAUUUACCGUAAUUCUUCAUAUAAAUGGUUUAUUUUAAUUAAUAUUAUAUGAUAUAUCAAUAAUACAAACUCAUGCCCUUUGCCGCUAAUAUUUCGACGGCGGAGUUAAAGACAAAUUAUCGCACUGCAAAAGUGUAAACAGAAACUCGAAUCACGCGAAUUGCGAGGCGACCACGAGGUGAGAGUGUAAAUGAGCCAUGAAAAGAUUUUUUUUUCCAUGAUAUGCACCUAUUUAACAUUUUCCCCUAAUAUAUAUGUAUCUAAUUCAAUAAUCUAAUGAAUCCCUAAUACUGCAUCUUAUACAUUUUUUUUCAAGUUGAGGAUUUGUUAGAGACAAAUCAUAAAUAUAAAAUAACAUAGUGAAUGUCCUAUCAUAGUCUUGUGUAUUCACAAUUAACCAUCUCUAGAAAUGAAAACAAUUUUACUUAGCGAAAAUUGUGUGUUAAUUUUACUAAAACAAGUAAGUUUAGUUACACACAGGGUUGUGAUAAAGUAUAUAAUGGAAUAACAAAAGUUACAGAAUUACAUGAAAAUACAAGAGAUAUAAUCGAUAUGUUGGUACAUAGUGUACAGUCAGCCAAAAAAGUGGCUGAAUAAAUUCAAAUUUUCAAUUCGCAUUUGAGCGUCCUUAUCAACUAUCGAUUUUCUUUCAUUAAAUUAAAUAUUUCGAUUGAAAUCAUGAGCAAAGCCGUUUGUAAGUUUUGAAUUUGUUCAAGUACUUUUGUGGCUGACUGUACAUUUUUAAAACUGACCGAUGAUGGGUAUGUUGUAGUUGAUUCUCGAAACACAUUAAAUUUAACUUCUGUACCUGUAAGCUUUUCGUACAUUUGGUGUUAUUUAUGUAGCCUAGUUGUCUGGAUUCCAUAUAUAAUUAUGUAAAUCAUAUUUUGGGACCAGCAUGACUUAUUGUAAAAAUGUUAAAGUAAAUUUAGUAAAUUGAUUUUAGGAUUUCGUUAUAUUGUACCUGUAAGUCUGUUACAAUUAAUGCUUCUGUGAAUAGAAGCCAUUGUAAUAUAUACUUUAUGUGCAAGAAAUAAGUGUGAUACUUAUGCGGAAUCUGCGUUCCGACAGGUUAUACCUUCGGAUGAAUAUUUAUAAGUAAAAAGCUUUAAAUAAUGUUUUAUUUAUUUUUAAAUAAGUCUUGCCACAUAAGUGAUAUGUUGGUCUACAUACAAACUAUGUAUUGUUAUAUGAUUUUUUAGAUAUAUUUUCUUCAGAGCACUUUUUAUCUUUACACUAUGAUUUACAGCGCUCUAUAGUUUAAUAAAUAAAUAUUUGCGACUAAUGCAGCAAAUAAAUAAAUCGACAUAAUAUUAUCUACAUUAACGUCAUUGCUUUGAACAGAAUUAAAAAAAUGCAAAACAUUUCGUCAAAAAAUUAUAAAAUAUUUUCACUAAUAUUAUAUCGAUUAAUUUAUAUGUUGUAUUCGAUACAUCGAAACGAGAAUUUUCUCGAUAAACAAAAAUAAUCGACGACAUGUUCAAAGUUAUUUAGAAACGAGUACAUGUUAGAAAACAAAUUAUUUUCGAUUAAUUUAAAGCGAUGUAAAAAUAUUGUAGGGAUUUAUUUUUUGUAUACUUCUGAUUGUUUGAUGAUCAUCGUUAUGAAACUGUCUUAUGUCUAUGAACGUAAGGGUGUGAAUAAAAAUGAUUAAUGUUUAUAUGCGUUCUUUGUAUGUGAGUUUAAUUAGAUCUGGGUAAAUACAAUGCAAUAUUUUAAUUAAUUGUAUUGGAGUUAAUGAAAGCAUAUUUUAAAUUUAUUUACAUUUAAUUUUCAUUUUUUUCUAUCACAAAUAUAUUUUUUAUUUUUCGUUCAAGUAUGAAUGAGGUUUUUUCUUAUUUUGCAAAAACAAAAUGGCUGAUAUUCAAUUAUGUCUUAGGAAUGUUGAUUAGAUUAAAAUUAAAUAUGAUAAUGAUAUUACAGUUGUGAUGUGGACUGAUAUUAUUAAUUAUAAAAUGCCAUCUCAUGUAAUUUAAGCGGUUUAAAUGUAAAUAAUAAUUAUAAGGCACCAUCGGCCCCAAUUAAUGCGAACGAUAUGUAAUUGAUUGUAAAAUUAAAAUCUAAUGAGAAAUGA